AUGGAUACUGCUGAACUAUUAAGGAUCCUCGAUGAUCCAGAGCUUUAUAAACAAAAAUCCUCCCUAAUACGAAAUGAUAUUAUUAAUCAUAUUAAAGCAAAAGAUUUCAAAAUUAAAAAAUUGGCAAAUGAGUUGGAUACUUCUAAAACUGCAAAUAAAGCUUUCAAGCAAGCAUUAUCAGAAAUUGGUACCGUUGUUAUAUCAGUUGCAAUGGGGGAUUUAUCUAAAAAAGUUGAAAUUCAUACUGUUGAAUCCGAUCCAGAAAUUCUAAAAGUUAAAAUAACAAUCAAUACUAUGAUGGAUCAAUUACAAGCUUUUGCUAAUGAAGUUACUAAAGUUGCUACCGAAGUUGCCAAUGGUGAAUUAGGUGGUCAAGCUAAAAAUGAAGGUUCAGUUGGUAUUUGGAGAUCUUUAACCGAUAAUGUUAAUAUUAUGGCUCUUAAUUUAACUAAUCAAGUGAGAGAAAUUGCUGAUGUUACUAGAGCUGUUGCAAGAGGUGAUUUAUCUCGUAAAAUUAAUGUUCAUGCUCAAGGGGAAAUUUUACAAUUACAAAUGACUAUAAAUACUAUGGUUGAUCAAUUAAGAACUUUUGCUUUUGAAGUUUCAAAAGUCGCCAGAGAUGUCGGGGUCUUGGGUAUCUUGGGUGGUCAAGCUUUAAUCGAAAAUGUCGAAGGUAUUUGGAAAGAAUUAACUGAUAAUGUAAAUGCCAUGGCGCUUAAUUUAACAACUCAAGUUAGAAAUAUAGCUAAUGUUACAACAGCUGUUGCUAAAGGUGAUUUAUCUAAAAAAGUUACCGCAGAUUGUAAAGGUGAAAUUUUAAAUUUAAAACUAACAAUUAAUCAAAUGGUGGAUAGAUUACAAAAUUUUGCUUUAGAAGUUACUACUUUAUCUCGUGAAGUCGGUACUUUAGGUAUUUUAGGUGGUCAAGCUAAUGUUCAAGAUGUUGAAGGUGCUUGGAAAGCAGUGACAGAAAAUGUUAAUCUAAUGGCAACUAAUUUAACUAAUCAAGUUAGAUCUAUUGCUACAGUUACUACUGCUGUUGCUCAUGGUGAUUUAUCUCAAAAAAUUGAUGUUCAUGCUCAAGGGGAAAUUUUACAAUUGAAAAAUACUAUUAAUAAAAUGGUGGACUCUUUACAAUUAUUCGCAUCAGAAGUCUCAAAAGUGGCAAGAGAUGUCGGUAUUAAUGGUAAAUUGGGUAUUCAAGCUCAAGUUAGCGAUGUUGAUGGUUUAUGGAAAGAAAUUACUUCAAAUGUUAAUACUAUGGCUUCUAAUUUAACUUCCCAAGUUAGAGCUUUCGCCCAAAUUACUGCCGCUGCCACUGAUGGUGAUUUCACUCGUUUUAUUACUGUUGAAGCCUCUGGUGAAAUGGAUGCCUUGAAAACUAAAAUUAAUCAAAUGGUUUUGAAUUUAAGAGAAUCUAUUCAAAGAAACACCGCUGCAAGAGAAGCUGCUGAAUUAGCAAAUAGUGCUAAAUCAGAAUUUUUGGCUAAUAUGUCCCAUGAAAUUAGAACUCCUUUAAAUGGUAUCAUUGGUAUGACCCAAUUAUCUUUAGAUACUGAAUUAACUCAAUAUCAACGUGAAAUGUUAUCAAUUGUCCAUAAUUUAGCCAACUCUUUAUUGACAAUUAUUGAUGAUAUCCUAGAUAUUUCCAAGAUCGAAGCUAAUAGAAUGACUGUUGAACAGAUUGAUUUCUCAUUAAGAGGUACCGUAUUCGGUGCUUUGAAAACUUUGGCUGUUAAAGCGAUUGAAAAAUCAUUAGAUUUAACCUAUCAAUGUGAUUCCUCAUUCCCAGAUAAUUUAAUUGGUGAUUCAUUCAGAUUAAGACAAGUUAUUUUAAACUUGGCAGGUAAUGCUAUAAAAUUCACCAAACAAGGUAAAGUUAGUGUCAGUGUUAAAAAAUCAGCUAAACCCGUGGAAGAUAAAUCAAAAUUAUUAUUAGAAGUUUGUGUAAGUGAUACAGGUAUUGGUAUUGAAAAGGAUAAAUUGGGUCUAAUUUUUGAUACUUUCUGUCAAGCUGAUGGUUCAACUACUAGAAAAUUCGGUGGUACUGGUUUAGGUUUAUCCAUUUCGAAACAAUUAAUUCAUUUAAUGGGUGGUGAAAUAUGGGUUACCUCUGAUUAUGGCGAAGGUUCAAAUUUCUAUUUCACUGUCAGUGUUUCUCCUUCAAAUAUCAGAUAUACUAGACAAACUGAACAAUUAUUGCCUUUCAGUGCUCACUAUGUUUUAUUCGUUUCUACCGAGCAUUCUGAUAAUGAAUUGGAAGAAAUUAAAAAUGGUAUCGCUGAGCUAGGAUUAAACCCAGUUGUUGUUAGAGAUAUUGAAAAUGCCAGUUUGACUGAUCCAGUCAAAUAUGAUAUUAUUAUGAUUGAUUCUAUCGAUACUGCUAAAAAAUUACGUUUAUUACCUGAAGUCAAAUAUAUUCCAUUGGUCUUGUUACAUCAUUCCAUCCCAGAAUUAAACAUGAGAGUCUGUAUUGAUUUAGGUAUUUCAUCAUAUGGUAAUACUCCUUGUACUAUAACUGAUUUGGCAUCUGCUAUAAUCCCUGCUUUAGAAUCUAGAUCUAUUAGUCAAAAUACUGAUGAAUCAGUCUCUUAUCGUGUAUUAUUAGCUGAAGAUAAUUUGGUGAAUCAAAAAUUAGCUGUUAGAAUUUUAGAAAAACAAGGCCAUCAAGUUGAAGUUGUUGAAAAUGGUUUAGAAGCAUUCGAAGCUAUUCAAAAAUCUAAAUAUGACGUUGUUUUAAUGGAUGUUCAAAUGCCUGUCAUGGGAGGUUUUGAAGCCACUGAAAAAAUUAGACAAUGGGAAAAGAAAUCCAAUCCAAUCGAUUCAUUGAGUUUCCGUACUCCAAUCAUUGCAUUAACAGCCCAUGCUAUGUUGGGUGACCGUGAAAAAUCAUUAGCGAAAGGCAUGGAUGACUAUGUUUCAAAACCAUUAAAACCUAAAUUGUUGAUGCAAACUAUAAGCAAAUGUAUUCAUAAUAUGAAACAAUUGAAAGAAUUGUCUAAACAAAAUAAUAGCAACAGAACUUCCGAUUUUGCUAAAAACUUGAAGAAAGGUUCCAUUAAAUCAAGUGAACAUUCAGCUUCAAACUUAUUAUCAAUAAAUUCAAGUCCUAAUGGUGCUACAAAUACAAACUCAUCUAAUAAUGGUAACACUAAUUUAGGCAAUGGUAAUACUUCAUCAUGCUCAACUCCUUCAAACUUUACCGAAGCAACUAAUCCAGAAAGCCCAAGCAUAAGAAAGUCCAAUUCAAAUGACUUCAUAACCAAUAAUCCACUCAAUGGGCUAAGACCAGGUCAGUUGUCAAUGAAUAAUAGAUCAGUUACGGAAAGCGUUAUAUCUUUUAAUUCCAAGAAUGAUUUAAAUGAUAGUAUGGAUGUUGAUGAGCCAAGCCCAAAAAUUGAAUAUUUAGAUUAGUUUAUGUCAACGAGUUCCUUUCACGAUUUAUUUGUUCAUUUAAUUAUUGUAUGUUUGUUUUUUAUUAAAUCUUUUAUUCUACUUCAGCAUUCAACACUAAUAUUUUUUUUUUACUAAUUUAAAGAUUUC